AAUUCAAAUCCCUGAAUGCGCCAACGUGACCUACCUGAACUUUGCCCUCUGCACGUCAGCAUGAUCGAUGCUCAAAUGUAUUUUUCUCGGAAAAGGCGCUACCCAGCAACGGCGCUUUCGUUAUUUUCAUGAUGCACUAAACCAGGACAUUGCCUACCCUGAAUCGAUGGGCCUUGCUGUGCGUGUCAUUCAUUCAAAUUCAUUGUGUAUUGUGUAAAAUAUUAUUAACGACGAAGUUAGCGUCGCCUCCAUUCCACUGCAACUCAAGUGAGACGACACCUGUCGUUACAAAUGGCUGAGCCUGGAAACCGAUUUCAACUGAAAGAUCAACUUUCCGAUGUUACUCUGGUAGUGGAGGACAGGGAACUACACCUUCACAGAGCUGUGCUCAUGAUACAUUCCCCCUCCUUCCAGAAGAUGCUCAAAGCAAGCCUUUGGCAGAUGCGGGUUCCGCUUGCCGGAAAAAAAUAUUCCACGAUGGUUGCACUUUUAGAGCAAAUAUAUCCUGGAACAGCAAUCGACCUAUUCAAAGACGAAACUUUAGCGGAGCUUCUCCAGCUCGCCCACGAGUUAGACGUGCAGCAUGUCUUCCACAACUGCAGCCAGUACAUCACUAAACGGAUGGACAGCAAGACAAUUCCAUUCUCCACUGACCACAACUUGUUCUACCUCACGAUAGUUGAAAAGUUCAGUCGGCUGCAGACACUAAGACAGGAGUUGGUGGACCGGGCGAGUCGUCUGUCCCUCAGUGAACUUCGAAAAAGCAAGUGGUAUGCUACUGUGCCCCUGACAGCUGUAAAAGACAUCUUGCAGAAGCGACUCGAGAGAAUUGAAGCUGACCCCCACAUCACCGAGCAUUUAAGGAAAGAAAGCCCCAAAUGAUACUGGCGUGUGUGAUGCCGAGACACAGGCAUGGACAUUGUUCCGAUGUACCACUCACUCACUCGAUAUCAGCAUUCUGGUUUUAGUGGUGUAUGAUUCUCUGAUCAUUGACUGUCUCGGAUAACUGUGUAGUGUUAAAACCCUUCAUCAGGCACUAAAGGUAAAGAUAUCUUGCUCAAGCAAGAAUAUAGUUUAUGUGUACAGUUUACACAUUAUUUUUUUCUAAGCAAAGUUUUAUAAGCUAUGACUGAAUAAGCAUGAAUUAUUAAACGUUUUCGUGGAUAUUU